UUUUUUUUUUUUUAAACAUAUUUUUAGCCUUGGACGGUUUUUCAUAUAUCCCCGGCGGCACGAAUCAACGAAAGGAAGAGUAAAUAGAAAGCAUGCAGCUGCUCCUAAAUAUUUCAUGGGGAACCCUGCGCGAGUGCGCGUUGGCGCAGUGACAUGGCUGGAGAGCGUUGCAUGUCAGCAUUCACUACCAGUUGAGGUGCACGCUAUGAUCGGCGCGCUGCGUGAUUCCCGAGAAUCCUGAUUGGGCCGAUUGGGUGAAUAAAACUGCACCGGGAAGCAACUUUUCGUCUACCGGGCAUUGCGGCAUUUUGGAAACCUUUUAUAAACCACUCCAGUUGAUAAACGUCUCUCUGUCCCUAUCUCCCUUUGUGUUUCUGUCCUCAGACUCUGUGACAGCUUUCCUGAACCCUGGAGGUGUGAGGAAGGAGAGACAGAAAAAAUGAAAAAUAGUCAGAGAAACAGUCCCUGAAGGUUCAGGAGAGAGAAUGAAAGAGUGAGAGGAAAACAAAAGGGGUCUGACACCAAAACCGGGCGGUGGAGAGAACCAGAGCCACAAAAAAAAACAGUGCGAGAAAGAGAGAAGAACGAGGGAUCAACUCUGAUGUACUGCCACCACCUGCUCUGAAGGUUAUUAACAAUGAAUUUGGAUCUGACCUCAGAUCUGUGACUGUUGCAAGCCGCUUAAGAAUAGUAAUGUGCCAACUACGCAGGGGCUGCAGUGGGAUCAGUUUGACUGUGAAACCCAGAGGGCAACAUGAACCUGACCGAGUCCAGGUCGUCACUGUCUGGUCACCUCGGACGCGCCGUGGUCCCUCACUGGUGCAAAUGAGAUUUGAGCACCGAUCGCCUCUAACCCUGUCCUGAACACGCCGACUGUGAGCCCGGCCACGACCUCAAGCUGUGACCUUUUAAGGAUGUAUCCCAGAACGAAAACAAACAACUUGUGUGACCUGCUCCGAGGCUGUUGUGCCGAAUGCAGUUCUGCUUUUACUUGUAGGUCAUUCGUCCGACCUUUGACCGGGUCAGUUCAGGACAAAUGCACUUCGCCUCAUGGCCAUUCUGACUUGUGUCCUCCACACAAGUACGAUUACCUCAUGGUUGCUGCUCAAAACAUUUACGUGUCACGUUUCAGUAGUUUAGUGUAGUCCGGGGCGACUUGCAGUCAGUGGCUGGUGGAACAGCCACGCAUCUCUGACUUAGUGGGUACAAACGCCUCCUCUGUAAAGCACCUGUCCACAAAGUCACUGUCAGAAGAGACAUGGAUUUUACUGCUUGUUGUUUUGGACCUUUGCUUACCUCCCCUGACCUAAGCCUUAAACCCAACCCUACCCCAAAUAACUAACCUUUCAAACCUGAACAUCUAUCCCAAAAAAACUAACCUUUCAAGCCUGUACCUCUAUCCCAAAUAACUAACCUUUCAAACCUGAAUCUAUCCCAAAAAAACUAACCUUUCAAGCCUGUACCUCUAUCCCAAAUCACUAACCUUUCAAACCUAUAUUCCUGUCUCAAAUUUCUAACAAAUCGCUCAAGGAUUUUGCUUGGACACUGAAUCUCGCUCAUGAAUUCUGGUGAAACAGCCAGUUGCCAACCUUUACCAAUGCAGUGUUAUGAGUAGUAUUAAUUAAGGGCUGUACUGAGAUCAGUGUGAUCUUAAAGACCCCAGGCCUCGGGGGAAGUAGAUAACAACACCAUGAAUCCAACCCAGGACCAGUUGUCAUCCCAGCUCAGCUUUGCUCUCAUGCUGCAAGUAGAGAACGCCACGCAAUCCAGACUCAACGACAGUUCCAUCUUCUACGACUCCGUCCUCCACCCAGACUCAUUCCUCCCUCCAUCUUCUCUCCUCCCCCCCUCCUCCCUCUUUCCCAUGGACGACUCGGAGCUGGCCGGCCUGAUAUGGCGGGUAGAGGAACCCACCACUGUGGCCCUGACUGUCAUGUACUGCCUGUCCUUCCUGGUGGGCUUCGUUGGCAACGUGAUGUCCAUCAAGGUGCUCACCAACCGGCGCAGCGAGCGUCUGGCCGCGGUGAGCGCCACGCGGUGCCUCCUGGUCAACCUGGCGGUGUGCGACCUGGCCGUGGUGUGCGUGUGCAUGCCCAUUACGCUGGGCAACCAGAUCUACGCCGUGUGGAUCUACGGCGACUUCCUGUGCCGAGCCGUGCCGUUCACGCAGGCCAUCUCCGUGUCGGCUAGCGUGCUGACGCUGACGGUCAUCAGCGUCAACCGCUACUACAGCGUGCGCUGCCCGCUCCGUGCCCGCUCCCUCUUCACCCGCCGCCGCAUCCUGGCAACGGUCGCUGUGGUGUGGGCGGCGUCGCUGGCGAUCUGCUCGCCCCUGGUGUUCAUGAACCGGCGCGAUGAGAUCCUCUUGGGGGCGUCGUUCGUCAUCCCUGUGUGCCAGGAGGUGUGGCCGGGGCCGCGUCUGAAGCAGGGCUACACCGUCCUGCUCUUUGUGGCGCUCUACUGCAUCCCGGUGACCUUUAACCUCACCAUCGGCUUCCUGACGGGCCGCCGCCUGUGGGGAGACGGAAACCGGAGGUUUCUUGAGCUCGACCCCCGCAGCCGAGUGCUGCACUCGUCACGCCUUAAGACCAGGAAGAAGAUCGCCAGGAUGGUGGUGGCCCUGGUGCUGUUGUUUGCCGUGUCCUGGCUGCCACUGUACCUGGCGGAGUUCUGGAUCGACCGCGUCCACCACCCACCACCUUGGCUCAUGCAGACCCGACCCUUUGCACAGUGGCUGGGCCUCACCAACUCCAGCCUGAACCCCAUCUGCUACUGCUUCAUAGGUGAUCUCCACCGUGGGGCCAAGGUGUUCCGGACCCACUACCACCGCCGGCUCGCAGCUCUCUUCAACUCCUCCUUCACGGAAGCCGGCACUGCCACGACGACCGUCGCCGAGGAGUGUGUAACCGGGGUAACCGCGGCUGUGUCCACGGCAACCAUCCCCAAGUUGUUAAACUUCUCCAGGGGCCGGGGGACAGGCACCAUGACUACAGAUGGGUCAGACAACAGCCUGUCUGACUGGUUGAAAUCCACUCCAAGUGUGUGUGAGAGCUCCCCGCUGCCCUGUCUUCCCAACACGCCCCAUCCACACACUCUACAGAUCUACGAGUGUAGAAUGGACAACGCCCCGUUAAAUAGUGACACCGGGGCUGUGCAGGAGACCCUCCCUUUAAGAAGAAACUAUGAGGAGCGAGGGGAUACCUUCCUUCUAAGGCCUUUGAUGUCUGUGGACAGAAGAGACACUUUGCCUUUAAUACCAGCCUUUGGGAACAGACUGGACACACAGGAUCGUCAUAUCCCUUUAAGGCGCGUCUCAGACACCUUCCCGUUAAGGAAUUACUCUGGGGUUAGCAGAAUGGACCCCGCCCCUUUAAGAUCAGACUGUAGGUAUGAGAAAUCAGGAAGAGGUGACAUGUCUCCUUUAAGACGAGACACUGCGAACAUUAUAUUGGACCAUAUAACAAGCCUUUAACUGCUUUGGAUUAUCGGAUGAAGUCUGUGAGAGGCGGAGACAUCUCAGAAUGAAGGACAAUUAACCAUCCCUGGGUAGAUCAUCUCUGAACAAUGGGAGACACCAACACAUGUCUAACUAAGCUAUAAAGUAUAUUAUAAAUGGGGACAACAAAAUGUAUAGCCUCAAAAAUCCUAUUUUUUCUAACCCUAACCUCAACCUCAACCCUAAAAUGAACCCUAAUCCAAAACUAACCUCUAUUCUAUCCCUAAAUUGAAUUGUAAUGUUUACUCUAAACCUUACACACAAAAAAAAAGAAAUAUUUUUCAAAAUGGGGAGAGGAAUAAUUACUCCAUUAAUCACAAUUUCCGGGUUUAAACAGUUUUUGGGACAUUUUUGACAAUUUAUAUAGUAAAAGCUGUUUACACACAUUUUGAAUUGAUUACUCUGCUGUAUUGUAGUUCUCUAGGUAACAUGGAAUAGGGUGUCUUUUAGGAAGCAGACCCAGACUACCAGCUCCAUCUGACUGUCUGAUGGGUAUAGGUCUGUCUGUUUGAGGUGGCCUCGUAGUUAGACUAUAUGGUCAAUAACUUAAGGUUCUGGGUUCAAAUCCCUAUUCUGACAAGGACAUUCUUCAUAACUGUGCUGUUAGCUGGGAAAGCGUGUUAUUGCCAGACAAUUAUUCUAACUCUGUCUGGCAGACAGAGAGAUACGAAAUGGAUGUGAUUCAUUUAAAAAUUAACAUUAUUUCCUAUCCUGUGUCACAUCUACAACUUAAUAUCUACCACAAUACAAUGUGUCAUUGUGUUAUGUCAGCAAAUGAUAUCUGGUCUGGUGUCGAUAUUUGUAGAAUGUUGUGUUCAGGAAAAAAAAUAAUAAUAUCACUUGUGACCAUCUGUAAGAAUGUUGAAGUAUUAGAAUGUCAAACUGGUCCAGUAGAGUGAUUGAAUGUUAGAACAUUAGAAGCCGCGACGCUGGAACUUCGGAUAACGGCCAGAGACUGCGUGAAGAGGCUUAGGGAAUUCAACCAGGUAAAUGUACAUAAUGACAACAGGUAGGGAAACGAUGCUACGGCAGAGAAUUAGUGCUUUUCCUCAUUGACCUCCCAGCAAACUUAGCCUGCAUUUAGGCCAUUAUUUGUAUGUGCAUUUUACACCGUGAGGUAUUUCUAGCUAGGCUGUAAUGUGAGGGUGAGGGUGUAAGGUUUGUGUUACGCACAGAUUUUCAGAAACUCCUCACUGAUGAGCAGAUUGGUGUUCAUAGAAAGAGCAGAGGGAUCAGCCACCCUAAAGUGGUCGAACAUACUUGUUUCCUAUGGCCUGGUCUGAAUCCCUACCAACCGUAAUCCUAAACUCAAUAACCCUAACAUUUAUGCUUACAUUUAAUUAAGCCCUGACCCUGAAUGUAAUCCCAAUUCUAACACUAUGCCCAGUUGUAAGUUUUACCCUAAACCUGGCCAAAGUAAGUUUUACCCUAAACCUGGCCUAAGUACGUUACCCUAAACCUGGCCUAAGUACGUUACCCUAAACCUGGCCUAAGUACGUUACCCUAAACCUGGCCUAAGUACGUUACCCUAAACCUGGCCUAAGUACGUUACCCUAAACCUGGCCUAAGUACGUUACCCUAAACCUGGCCUAAGUACGUUACCCUAAACCUGGCCUAAGUACGUUACCCUAAACCUGGCCUAAGUACGUUACCCUAAACCUAAGCCAGAAAUAUAUAUUUUUGUAGGGAUAGGCCAAAAUAACUUGUGGGCAACGGCUUGUCAGUUUUUCUUUCUUUGUGGGAACAUCUGGUCCACACACACACACAAACAAACAAACAAACACAAGCUCACACAGAAUAAUUUAAUAUUUUCUAGGGAUCCAUGGGUCAAAACUCUGCUGCAUGAGACAUCAGUCAUCCUUGGAUAUUGUAAUAAUAUGCACUGUAUGGUCAAGCAUGUCUGUAUGGACGUGCGUGCGUGUGCGUGCGUGUGUGUGUGUGCGUGCGUGUGUGUGUGCGUGCGGGUGUGUGCGUGUUAAAUUCAUUUCCUGUGUAAGGCAUUCAUCAAUCCCUUUCAUAUGGUGGCUGAAUGGUGUCUCUCUAAAUCUCACGAAAACAUUAAUACAUAAAAUAUUUAGAAUCAUUUAAGUUAUACCUGAGACAAUGAAUUGAAAAAAAAAAUGUUUUAUGCGCUUUUAAAUGUGUCUGAAUGGGCUACAUUUAGAAAUGUAUUUGAAACUCUUUGGAAAUAUCUGGCCGAUUUAUUAUAUUUAUAAUUUUAUUUCACAUGUAGUUCAGACUUGUAUUUUUUUGGUGUGGGAUUUUUCUCGCUCUCUGUUCUCUCCCUGCUCCCCAAACAUCCUCCCUGUCUCUCGAAGGUUGAGGCCCCUGGGGCUGCGUGUUCAGAGUAAUGUGUGUCUGCUGUGUUAUUAUCAGAGGAGGUGCGCGCGCGCGCGCGUGCGUGCGUGCGUGCGUGCGAGGCUGCCAUGCAUGCGGAGUACAAGGGGCAUCAUUACAAGAGAUUGUCAA